UGAAUGCCGCCACCAAACAUCUGACAGUCUUUCUGUGUGCUUUCAGUGAUGUUGACAAAGAUGUGAUUUCUUUCUUGCAUGUCAAAGUCUUCCCCAUGGUGGCCUCAUGGUCUAGUUGUGUCUGCCACAAAGAACCUUAUAGUAAAUUGAGUGGGUCGUUGGAGAGAAGAUACAGUAUGAGUCACCGGGGUUAGUUGGCCAGCUAGCUAUCUAGCUAGCUAGGUUAGCGUAGCAGCUGCACUGUCUAGCUGGGCUGGGAGAUGUGGCGCAACGUCCCUUUUGUCUGAAAACGGUGUUUGCAAACAUUUUAAAUACCGAUGGAGCCAGCGAACUGAUUUCUGGAAAGUUGAUCCACUGCUUGUUUUGUUUAUCGUUAAUGUGAUCUGGACUUUUUACUCGAACACAUUGACGGACGCUAACGACAUAGCUAGCUGCUAUUUUGCUAACUUUGAUGUUAGCAAGCAGCCAGUACGCGUAAAUGCUUUUCACGAGAAUGGACCUGUUGAACUAUCAGUUCCUGGACAAAAUGAACAACAAUAUUGGGAGACUACACUAUGAAGCGGAAUCUUCUCUCACAGGUGAGUCCAGGAUGCCCUCACUGCCCUCUACAAUGACCAACAUGAGGACUGGUCCUCCCCCAAUCUGCCCCAACAAAAGGAAGUAUGGCGAGGAGCAAGUGGACGACCACAUUGACUGUGAUAAUGACCACAUGACCAAAAUGAGCCGGUACUUUCAACUGGCCAGGCCCGCCAGCGGGGACAACCGCAAUGACCCGUGGAGCCUCGGACACAGCCCCGCGGAGCGCAUCACUUCGUCCUCCAACGGACUCCACGGCAACCACUUGUACUCCUCCAUGCCGUCCUAUGCGAUGGACCAGCCCCUGGCUCUGACUAAAAACAACCUGGACUUUGGACCGGGCGGGACGGAGAGGCAGUCGUUGCCUGGACCCGUGGACAGGCCACAGAAUCGUCCGUCUGUGAUCACAUGUGCUCCGGCAAGCAAUCGCAAUUGCAACUUGUCUCACUGCCACAAGUCUCACAGUCCCAGCCCGCCCAUGGACCAGAGGAAGACCAAUGCUAACACGGCCGUGGAUCCGGUAAUAGAGGAGCAUUUCCGCCGCAGCCUGGGAAAGAACUACAAGGAGCCCGUCUCCAACUCGGUGUCCAUCACCGGCUCGGUGGACGACCACUUCGCCAAGGCCCUGGGAAACACCUGGCUCCAGAUCAAGGCCAAGGGCCCGGGGGGAGGCCCCCACGGAUCCGAGGCCGACUCCUGAAAGCCGGACGUGCCUGCCCUCCUCCGCUGUCCUAUGGUGAACCACAAUCACUUUCUUUGUCUGUGGCAUCAGAUAAGAGCACAGACUGACCUCCCUGUACCAUUCAUUGUCAAGCUUGACUUUCCCGAGCUAAAGAUCAACGCUGUAUUAUACCUCACGGCUGGCCUCAUACAGACCAUCGGGCGGGGGGAGGUGUUCCCAUCCAACUCCUACUAAAUGACAAACCACAGGUCUGAGUGGUUUUUAUACAUUUGUUCAGUUAGGGCCGUUUCGGAUUGUGUCCCGAGUGUUUCAAUAUUUCCUUUUCAAAGCAGGAAUAUCAGUUUAAGGGCCCCUCUAGGGCCUGUAUUGGGCAGCCCUGAUGUCAUGUUUUUGUACUUCCCCAAAACGAUCAAUUAAUGUUGGCCCUUGAGAAAGCGUACUGCUCUGUCUGAACUCCCUCACGCCUUCCUUAUUAACCAAAGAACUGGCCCGCUGUGUCAAACGAAAUGCCCUGGUCUUGUUUGUUUGUCCCUUUUCUUUGUCCAUCCACCUGGCUUCUUCUCUACACUCUUUUGGUUUUUGUGUCAGUGUUGGUUUUGAUUUGCACUAUUUGGUGUUAGAUUGAGGUAGCUUGGGGUUUACAGCAUACCUGUUAUGGAGCAGAGAUGAUGUUUGUUUUUGACCUUUAACACUACUAACAGUGGUAAUGCAAUCAAGACUCUUCUGAUGUUUCUCACUUUUAUCUUCUCUCACGAUCCAGAACUGGACUUUUUGUUGCUCUUUUUGGGGGGGGGGGGGGGGGGGUAAAUUUUUUGGGGGGUUUAAUCCAAUUUUGUCUGUUAGUACUCCUGGGUUCAUUUCAUCGAUUCAGUCUGUAAUGAGGAUAGUAUUCUGCUUAGAGAUGCAUGUUUCAAAUAGCUGGUAUCUAUUAUAAGCCUUGUUCUAUACUAUUCUAUUAUCUAUACUAUUUACCCUCAGAAUUUAUUUUUGUCAGUAACAGUUUUAGAAAUACUCACUGCUGGUACAGUCGUACUCAAUAUAUUUUUUUGUAUCCGGUUUCUCGUUACAAUAUGUAGCUAUACCCUAACAUCCAUCUACAAAACAAAGCCUCUGGCAAGGCUGUCUGAAUGCAGUAUAAUAGGCUAGAUUGCAUUGUUAUUAUGUGGUACUGGAUGAUAUGGCUGCAUGCAUGACUGAAUACAGUAAACAUAAAAUAUUCGCUGAACAGACCUAUCUGGGAGUUCUCUAUCUCCACACAAAUGUAAGUCGUUUGUGUUUUGUUCUUUCUAAUCUCAUGUUGAGUUUCAUUUAGACUUUAAACGGACUAACUUUUUCAGGGGUUAAAUUGACUGGCCACGAGGUUGUCUGUCGGACGUUUUUAGUUUCGGGGAGUGUAAUGGUUUAUUGACCCCUACAAUGCCGAUGACUUACACAUGUAUCCUGGCUGGCCUUGAACGAAAGCCUUCCCAAGCUUGUCUUGAGACGAUGGCAUGAACAUUCCACCGUUACUACCCAACUUCAUGUUGUUUUUCUGGUAAGAUUAAGCUUUGUGGAAAAAGGGGUAGCGUGUUGUUGUUUUUUUUAUAGUGUAGCCUAAACUGUAUGUUAAGAACGUUGGGAACAGAAUCCAGGGGAGUACCACUCCAGAACAUCUAAAGUACUUUAUGGAGUUUCAGUUCAUAUGGAUGAAAGCAAUUGUAUGACUUUUCUGAAUUGGUUUCCAUUUCCUUAAGUAAACCUGAAAAUGGCAUAGUACGUUUAGAAUGUUUUAGUCACCUCUCAGCUCUUUCUUUGUGAGAAAAUUAUAUACACUCAAUAUUCUACACUGUUUUGAAAAUUACUAUAUAAACUAUCAUAUUCCUGUUUUAUGGUUUACUUUAUUUUAUCUAAAGACUAUCAUUGCGCCGCGCGUAAUGAUCUUAGAGAUUUUUUUUUAUAAAACAGAACAAUGUACUCAUGUUAUGUAGCCAUUGGAUAUUCAUUAUCCUCUAACCAUACAUUUUUAUCUAUCUAAAAAGUUGAUCUUUUUCCAGAGUUGUCCGAGGUGCAGGAACACACCAGUCUUUCUAUGAAUAAGGGUCUCUUGGCGUGAUGUCUGGGUGGCAUUACUGCUGCAGGUUCCAGAGUCUCUUUGCCUGUUUCUGUACUGCAGUGAAACUAAGGGCUUAUCACGAGUUGACUCUCAGUGAUAAUUUGGGGUGUAAUGUUCCAUUGUUAUUUAAUCGGUUUUAGACUGCUUGUGCCUCUAAAUGACAAGUCGCAGGAACUAACUCCCCUGUCUUCACACGGGAACCUACAUUGCCUUACUUAGACUGUUUCAUGUGUUAGUUCUUUUUUAGGCCUUGGUUCUCCCGAAGAAAAUGACAGUUUUUUUGUACUUGGAAAUCUUCUAAAAUAAACUUUUAAAAUGCUCUAUC